AUGCCUCUCACGCUAGAGGCCAUUGGGGCCCUCUUGGUGACUACCUUUUGCUAUGGAGCUGCGGUUGGCUGUCUCUUCUUCACUCUCGUCAUCGUUUCUUUGAUGAUCUCUCAGACCUCGGAGCUACCCAAGGCUCGCAGAAGGGGCUCCCCAGUACAUCUCCUUGUUGUGCUUGGCAGUGGUGGACACACUGCCGAAAUGAUAGCCAUUCUCGAGAGGCACUUCAACUUCUCGGUCUACACUUACCGCACCUACGUAGUGAGCUCUGGGGAUGCGCUCAGUGCACAAAAGGCGGUAGACUUCGAGGCUUUCAUGGCUGGAAAGAACAGCUCGCCGAAGGAAAACCACGAUUACACCGUUGUCACAAUUCCACGUGCGAGGCGAGUACACCAAUCGUAUCUGACCGCACCAUUCUCGACGCUUCAAUGCUUUUGGGCUUGCCUGUUGGUGCUUCUUGGGCGUCACCCGGAACAGCAUCCAUUGCCUGCAGAGUACAAAUCCUCGCUCCCAGAUAUCAUCCUUGCAAACGGUCCAGCAGUGGCCGUUUGUAUGAUGCUUGCAGCAAAAAGUCUCCGGUUCCUCAUUUUUUGUUUCAAGUGGACUCGAACGCAGGAUCCUGACAGCGAGAUUCUCAAACUUCGCACAGUCUACAUUGAGUCCUGGGCUCGCGUGAGAAGACUGAGCAUGUCUGGACGCAUAUUGCUUCCAGUUGCCGAUAGGUUUUUGGUUCAAUGGGCUCCUUUGGCCGGACUGAGGGCGUGGUGGGGUAUGAGGCCCACCAUCUUUUGCGGCUGGGUCGUCAUUUGA